UGAGUCUCUUCUCUCGUCAUUUGAAGGAGGGCUGUGUGUGGCACCUUAAACUGACGGCAAAGACUGUGUGGUAUACUGCUAUAACUGCAGGGGAUGGAGAUAUAAUACUGUCUUUAUGGUAUCAGUUUUUUUUUUCUUGGUUUUGGUUGGUUGGUUGGGAUCACUCUGGCAAAUAUACUGUGUACAUAAAUACUGUGAUUUGUAUUGACCUUGUGGUGUAUGUCUUCCUUCUUUGCAGCUGUCGCACGAGCAACCGGAAGAGUCUGAUUGUGACUUCCAGUACCUCACCCACCCUACCCAGGCCCCACUCACCACUGCAUGGCCAUCCAGGGAGCAGCCCCUUGGACAGCCCUCGGAAUUUCUCCCCCAACACCGCUGGCCACUUCUCCUUUGUCCCAUCGCGCAGUCACGGGCACAGGGCAGACAGAACGGAUGGCCGGCGCUGGUCUUUGGCUUCUUUACCCUCUUCAGGGUACGGGACUAACACACCCAGCUCCACAGUCUCUUCAUCAUGUUCAUCCCAGGAGAAGCUCCACCAGCUGCCCUUCCAGCCCACGCCCGACGAGCUGCACUUCCUCACCAAGCACUUCAGCUCCGAGAGCAUCACCGACGAGGAGGGACGCCGUUCGCCCGCCAUGCGCCCGCGCUCACGCAGCCUCAGCCCCGGUCGCUCCCCCAUCUCGUUUGACCAUGAAAUCGUCAUGAUGAACCAUGUCUACAAGGAGCGAUUCCCCAAGGCUACGGCUCAGAUGGAGGAGCGCCUGGCGGUGUUCAUGGCCUCCAACGCCCCCGAUAAGGUGAUGCACCUGGCGGACGGGGUCCUCAGCUUCAUCCACCACCAGCUCAUAGAGCUGUCCCGAGACUGCCUGGACAAGUCCCGCGAGGGGUUGAUCACCUCACGCUACUUCUACGAGCUUCAGGAAAAUCUGGAGAAACUGAUUCAGGAUGCUCAUGAGAGGUCUGAGAGUGAGGAGAUGGCGUUUGUCACGCGGCUGGUGAGGAAGCUCAUGAUCGUGAUCUCCCGGCCUGCCCGGCUACUGGAGUGUCUGGAGUUCGACCCAGAGGAGUUCUACCACCUCCUGGAGGCUGCCGAGGGCCAUGCCAAGGAGGGCCAGGGCGUCAAGUGCGACAUCCCCCGCUACAUCAUCAGCCAGCUGGGUCUCACCCGGGACCCCCUGGAGGAAAUGGCCCAGCUGAGCAGCUAUGACAGUGGCCAUCCUGACACCCCUGAGACCGAGGACUCCAUUGAUGGUCGAGGAGCCUCUGUCCAGUCAGCUCCAGUUCAGCAGAAAACCAAACCCCCUCGAGAGGACGACUUUGAAACCAUCAAGCUGAUCAGCAACGGUGCUUAUGGCGCCGUGUUCCUGGUGCGUCACCGCGAGACUCGCCAGCGCUUCGCCAUGAAGAAGAUCAACAAGCAGAACCUGAUCCUGAGGAACCAGAUCCAGCAGGCCUUCGUGGAGAGGGACAUCCUCACCUUCGCCGAGAACCCCUUCGUCGUCAGCAUGUUCUGCUCCUUCGAGACCAGACGACACCUCUGCAUGGUCAUGGAGUACGUGGAAGGUGGAGACUGUGCCACUCUCCUGAAGCAUAUCGGGGCGUUGCCUGUGGAUAUGGCACGCAUGUACUUCGCUGAGACUGUGCUGGCUUUGGAGUAUCUCCAUAACUAUGGCAUUGUUCACCGAGACCUCAAACCAGACAAUCUGUUGAUCACCUCCCUGGGGCAUGUCAAACUCACUGACUUUGGACUGUCUAAGAUCGGCCUGAUGAGCCUCACUACCAACCUCUACGAGGGACACAUCGAGAAAGAUACUCGGGAAUUUCUUGACAAGCAGGUGUGUGGCACUCCAGAGUACAUUGCCCCUGAGGUGAUUCUCAGGCAGGGCUACGGCAAGCCAGUGGACUGGUGGGCCAUGGGGGUCAUUCUGUACGAGUUCCUGGUGGGCUGCGCCCCGUUCUUUGGUGACACGCCUGAAGAGUUGUUUGGACAGGUCAUCAGCGAUGAGAUAAUCUGGCCAGAAGAGGAGGAUGCUCUUCCUGCAGAUGCUCAGGAUCUCAUCUACAAACUCCUCAGACAGAACCCUCUGGAGAGACUUGGCACAGGGAGUGCAUAUGAAGUGAAGCACCAUCGCUUCUUCACCCAUCUGGACUGGAACGGCCUCCUGAGACAGAAGGCUGAAUUCAUCCCUCAGCUUGAGUCUGAGGAUGACACCAGCUACUUCGACACUCGGUCCGACCGCUACCACCACGUGGAGUCUGAGGAUGAGGAGGACACCAACGAUGAAGAACACCUGGAGAUCCGCCAGUUCUCCUCCUGCUCACCCCGCUUCAGCAAGGUGUACAGCAGUAUGGAGCGCCUGUCUCUGCACGAGGAGAAGAGGACGCCUCCCCCCACUAAGCGCAGCCUGAGUGAGGAGGGGGGCGAGCGCCUGGACAGCCUGGGGGGCCUCAAGACCAGAGACCGCAGCUGGAUGGUGGGAUCCCCAGAGAUCCUGCGUAAGCGUCUGUCUGUGUCCGAGUCCUCCCACACCGAGAGCGACUCCAGUCCUCCUCUGACCGUGCGUCGCCGCUGCUGUUCGGCCAUCAUCGAAAUGCCCCGCUUCGCCAUCUCCACCGAGGACGAGGGCGCCUCAGGGAGCUCCAGCAGCAGCUCGGGCGGGCGCAAGACCCCGGUGAGGGGCCCCCGCUCAGAGGAGCUGCCCGUGGAGAGGGCGCUGAAGCUGGACGAGUCGCCCACCACGCCGGGCUCCACCUCCAGCCAACAGAGCCGGGCCACACUCACACCGGGCAGCUCAGGUGACGUGUGUGAACGAGCGUCGCCCCGGCCCUCUGCGUCAGCUGCUGCUGACGUGUCUGAUAGCUCCACCCCUAAAGCCAUCAGUGACCUGGCCGCCCGGCGCGCCCGCCACAGACUGCUCUCCGGAGAGACGGACAAGCACACGCCCUCACGGCCUCUCAACAAGGUCAUCAAGUCCGCCUCCGCCACCACCCUCUCGCUCAUGAUUCCUGCAGACCACCAUGGUGCGUCCCCCCUGGCCAGUCCCAUGUCCCCCCACUCCCUCUCCUCCAACCCCUCGUCCCGUGACUCCUCUCCCAGCCGGGACCUCAGCCCAGCCAUCUGCAGCAUCAAACCUGCCAUCAUCAUCCACCGCGCCGGCAAGAAGUACGGCUUCACCCUCAGGGCCAUCCGCGUCUACAUGGGAGACACCGAUAUCUACACGGUUCACCACAUGGUGUGGAAUGUGGAGGUUGGAGGUCCGGCCCAUGAGACUGGUCUGCGGGAGGGAGAUCUCAUCACACACGUCAACGGAGAGCCAGUGCACGGUCUCGUGCACACUGAGGUGGUGGAGCUCAUUCUGAAGAGUGGCAGUAAGGUGUCCAUCUCAGCCACACCCUUUGAGAACACCUCCAUCAAAGUGGGGCCCGCCCGCAAGACCACUAUCAAGUCCAAAAUGGCCCGGAGGAACAAGAAGACCAAGAACAAGGAAGGCCAGGACAGUAAGAAGAGGAACUCCCUGUUCCGUAAGAUCACCAAGCAGGCGUCUCUGCUCCACACGAGCCGUAGUCUGUCCUCCCUGAACCGCUCCGUCUCCUCUGGAGAGAGUGUGCCAGGAUCCCCCACACACAACCUCUCCCCCCGCUCCCCCACACAGGGCUACCGCUCCACACCAGACUCUUCCCACUCAGUGGGAGGGACCUCAUCUCAGAGCAGCUCCCCCAGCUCCAGUGUGCCAAACUCCCCCGCCAGCUCAGGACAGAUCCGGCCCAGCUCCCUGCAUGGCCUGGCCCCUAAGCUCCAGCGUCAGUACCGCUCGCCCCGCCGGAAGUCUGCCGGCAACAUCCCCCUGUCGCCUUUGGCCCGCACGCCCUCCCCCACCCCACAGAGCACCUCCCCGCAGCGCUCCCCGUCUCCGCUGUCCAGCCACCCUCACCUGGGCCAGUCCUUGUCCUUCCCCGUCAAGCUGCACUCCUCCCCGCCGCUCCUGCGCCACAUCGCCCGGCCCAAGAGCACCGACCCCCAGCGCUCGCCCCUCCUCAAGCGGGUCCAGUCUGCUGAAAAGCUAGCUUCUUCCUCCCUCUGCUCGUCCUCCUCCUCCUCCUCCUCGCCCUCCGCUCCUGCUCCCUCUGCCUCGUGCGGGGCGACCGGUGUGCGUAAGCACAGCCUGGACAUCGGCCACGUGGACUUCAAGAAGGAGCUCCUUCAACGGGAGCCCAGCCUGCAGAGCCUGCAGGAGUCGGCCGGGGAGGGCAGCCUGCUGUUAGGGGGCCGCGCGGCUCCACCAGAGAAGGGCAGCCUGCAGAAGCACUCCGCCCGCAAGCUGGGCCGCCAGGAGGUGAGCGAGGGCGCCGGUGCCCUGGGCUUGGCACCGGGGAAGAGCAAGCUGAAGGACAAACUGUCAGCCAUCCGGCAGGACCGAGCGGAACGCCGGGAGUCGCUCCAGAAGCAGGACGCCAUCCACGAGGUGGACUCAUCCGAAGACGAGACCGACGAGGGGUCGGAGGACAGCCAGGAGGGGAGGAGGCAGACCUACGUCACCCCCAGCACCUGCCUGCUGCGCCCCACUAGUGUCAGCGCAGCACCUGCCCCCUCCUCAGCGCUCAGACUGGGCCCAGGCCCCUCGAUGCCCCCAGCGCUGUCCUCCACACAGCCCGCUUCCCCAAAGCUCAGAGCAAGCGCAGCAACCAUUCAUGGCCAGGCUACACCACAAACACAGACAGCCUCAGACCAGAGAGCUGCUCUAUCUACGCCUCCAGCUCUGGGCUCCGUCAGCAGCUCCACAAAAGCAGCGGAUGUUGUGAGGAGAGAGAGGCCCACUUCUGUCCCCGCCCCACCCAGCAGCUUCUCCACGCCCGGCUCUGCGUUCACCUCUCUCACCAGAGAUCCCUUCCUGAAGCCCGCCGACCCGCGCCCCAGAUCCAGCCCCGCUCUCCUCAGGGGUGAGCGGGCGCCCGAGCCCAAGCCCGCCGGCACACCGCCGCCGCCGCCGCCGCCCGUCUCCAGGGAGUCUCAAACCCCCUCGCCCUCAGGGGGAAUCACCAAGGAGAUGAAGGAGGCGGACAACCGCAGGCAGGCUAUGAGUGUGGCUGCCGCCACCGCGGCCACGCCGCCCGCCGCGUCUGAGAGCGGAGUGGACAGGGUGGUGUCUCAGCUGGCCACCGUAGCCAAGAGUGUGCUGGGCCCCGUCAAACUCAGCAUGCCCGGGGCCAAGGAGAGUGCCUCGUCCAACGCAGCCCACCCAAAGAGCAAAGACCCAAAACUGGAACAGCAGGAUUCGUCGCCGAUGACCACGGCUGCCUCCACCUCUCUGACGGCCUCCGGACUCUCUGCCUCUGCAGCUGCCUCCACCUCUCUGACGGCCCCCGGACUCUCUGGCUCGCCGGCAAGAGCGUCUGCCCCCAAAGCUGAGCCGGCCUGGGCUCUGGACGCUCCGGCUGCCAGGAAGAAACCCUCCCCCCCGAGAGACUGCAGCGCGGCUGGGGAGGAGAGUCAGGACAGGUUGGAGGUGAGGCACAGCGGCUCUUCUCUGAGGCCCAGGCCCGAGGCCAAAGGCAGCUCUACGCCACAAGACAAAGCCAACAAGAAGACAUAGCAGCGCCCCUCACGCCCCCCCACCCCACCGCCUCAUAAGACUGUCAAGGACUUAUGACUCAAGUGCAUGUUGGAACCCAACAUUACAGACUUUUAGCAUACACUAAUCUGAAAAUGAAUAAGGAGAGACGAAAAACACAACAGCUCCAUUCCAUGUCGAGUUUUGUGUAUAUCCUGUUUUAAAGAACCAUUCUCUGUGUCUGAUCCCCCCACACACACCCCAACCUGCUUUUGUUUUUAAUUUGAUAUUUUGGUGUUUUUUUGUCUUUUCUCUGCAAAACAGUGGGGCUAGAAAUAAGCAGAAUGUUGUAAUAUAUUUCGACACAAAUACACACACUCUCUCACACACGUACACUCGGACUAUAGGGACACAAUCCAAGGCACGUGUUUUAUCCCGAACAGAUCUGAUUGUGCCUUAAAGAAUUGCUGUUCAUCUGCAUGUCAACCUACCUACCUGUGAUUUCUACAGGCGGUUAAAGGAUGUAUGGCAGCAAUAAAGUAGCGUAUGCUUAGCAAUUUGUACAAACACAUCACAUAAAGCACCGUCUGCAGCUGCCACUUGGCAAACAAAUGCAUCCAUUUCCCAGCAUCCUUUGUUCACUUCCUGUGACCAUAGAGUGUGUGAGUUGAGGGCUUCUUGUGCAUAAGCUUGGCAGUUGUGCUCCACCUGCACUUUUAGCAGCUCAGUCAUCAUCCAUUCCCUCAAAACGUCACUGUUUUAUCAGUUAGUGUCUGUAAGCCAAUAUGAAUGUUUACUGGUAACGUCCUAGGAUAGAUAAGCAGUAUCGCAGCAUGAAAAAGUAAUACCUCUUUAUGUGUGUGUGUGUGUGUGUGUGUGUGUGUGUGUGUGUGUGUGUGUGUGUGUGUGAGAGAGAGAGGUGUACAUUUAACAAUCGAAUUUGCCAGUGUUGCACAUGAGAUUGUGUCAAGUUUGUGCACAGAAAAAAUCACUACAGCGCCAUAUCAUAUUUGAACAUGUCAAUAGGCGUGCUGAGCUGAACAUAUUUGUAAACUCUGAUAUAGUUAGUUAGUAGUCUAGUAAAACAGUUGGUAUACUAAGUCUAGUUGUAAGAGGAACAUCAUCAUCAUCAUCAUCAUCUGUAUAAUAGAGACAGUUAAACACACAACUGUAGUUCUUUGGUUGCCUGAUAUUCUUUCAAAUCAAAUGUUUCCAAUUGGCUCACCAGCUGUGCUCGCCUCUCAAACCUGGUAAGUGACCCGACCCUCGCCCGACCUCUGACCUCUCACACUCUCAGGCUUCAUCUUAACACUUGUGGGUGAGAACUGGAAGGACUGACUUCACACCCAAAUGUGAUGAUGUGUGUCUCAGAGGUGUUCAGUAGACCGCUGACUUCACACCCAAAUGUGAUGAUGUGUGUCUGAUGCUGAGGUGUUCAGUAGACCACUGACUUCACACCCAAAUGUGAUGAUGUGUGUCUGAUGCUGAGGUGUUCAGUAGACCGCUGACUUCACACCCAAAUGUGAUGAUGUGUGUCUGAGAGGUGUUCAGUAGACCGCUGACUUCACACCCAAAUGUGAUGAUGUGUGUCUCAGAGGUGUUCAGUAGACCGCUGACUUCACACCCAAAUGUGAUGAUGUGUGUCUCAGAGGUGUUCAGUAGACCGCUGACUUCACACCCAAAUGUGAUGAUGUGUGUCUGAUGCUGAGGUGUUCAGUAGACCGCUGACUUCACACCCAAAUGUGAUGAUGCGUGUCUGAUGCUGAGGUGUUCAGUAGACCGCUGACUUCACACCCAAAUGUGAUGAUGUGUGUCUGAUGCUGAGGUGUUCAGUAGACCACUGACUUGAUUUCUAGCCCCCCUUUGCCUCCUAUGUUCACGUUCUGCUUUUAUUUGCAACAAAAUCAACCCAAUAUUUUGCGCUCUGGACCAAUCUGCUGUGUUUUUUCACCGUAUGUGUGUUGCCUCUUAUCUGAUAAGGUUACCUGACUAUAUGCUCUGUGAAUGUGUUGUGUGUGUGUGUGUGUGUGUGUGUGUGUGUGUACAUAGGUGAGCGAGGCAAGUGUCUGUGUAUAUAUAAAUGAAUAUUUAAAACUCCUUUCUGUGUUUUCUACGCUGCAGUAUUGAGAGUGUGUGUGUCUGUAAAUGAGUGUAGCCUCUGUGUGUAUUGCACCUGUGCGGUCCAAUCCUGCCCUUUGUGAAGCGCUGGGCCAGAGGGCAGCUUUGCACACAAAAAAAGCAACCCCCUUUUCUUUUUUUUUUUACUUUUGGGUUUGUGUGUGUAUUUUUUUGUCCUUUCCAAGUGAAACAAUAAAUUGGCCAAUCAGACCCCAUCUUUCCUAGGUGUUGACCAAUCCCUAGACGUCUAGGGGUGUUGUGCACCUCAAGUUUUUAUCUUUGGACUUUUAAACGGAUCCCCUUUUCUGUUUCUGUGGUAUAUACCGUUGUAUUAUUGUAUUAUAUUGUUGUUUUAAACUAAUUGUUUUAAGAUUACCCAGCCCAGACUCUCCCCUUUUCUCAUUAUUGUCUGUCACCAUAAGGUUACUCGCUAUCACUGUUCUCCACCCAGUCAGAGGCAGGUGUUUUUGCAUUGUGUUUACAUAUCUUUACCUCAGAACAAGCCACUAACUUGAGCCAUGUUGCAGUGCCAAUGUCCAUUGCCCCUCACUCUUGACCUGAUUGUAGUGUUGAAGCCAAUGUAGGCCGCACACGUACGCGAGCGUGAGCGAGUGCUUUUACUGAGCUGUGUCCACGGGGAGCAUGAACAUAAUGUAGGCUCUGUACAGCAGGUGAAGGCUUUCUGCAUAGUCCAUACUGAAUAUGAUUCAUCCUCCUGAAGAAUAGGACGGCGCACUGACUGAGUCAGUGGAGAGGUGAUGCUCUAGCCCUCCCUCCCUGACUGAUAGAGGCUGGUGUCGCAGAGGAAAACAUGUCUCUUUGUGGUUGUCUCAGACUCGUUCAGUGUGUGGAGUUCUUCCAACCUCUUAGUGGUGCACGCUGUCCAACAGACAGAAGAUACUAUUGGUACCGCUAACCUAACCAUGACACAGAUUUUUGACUCUGUACACAAUUUUCAGAGUGUAUAAAAUAAUAUGUGAUGGUUUUUUUAGUAUAUAAAGUCACUUCAAGCCUGUUCAGAAAAACUCCAUCAGAUCAAUUUGUAAAAAUGCACUGUGGUGCACAGGAGUUGAUCUUGAUGGUUGUUAUUGAGAGUGAAAGGAUGAGCUGAUAAUUCUCUAAAAAAAACUAAAUAUGAAACGUGUAAGAAUCAUUCCAUGUGUGGUACUGUGGUCAUGUGGUCAAGACUUUCACUUCUCUGCCAGGAGACGAGGAAAGCUGUAGUGGAUCUCCAAAAAAAUGUUUUCUAUGUGGAGCGAGGAUGUAUACGUUUACAGAUAGUAGCACAGUGGAUGUCAUUAGAGUAUGUAGUUUAUCUCUGGAACCUUCUGGAAGGCAGACCGCCUCGCUUUCUUACUGAUCAGUGGGUGGCUGCAGCCUUCAGUCAGUCAUCUCCGUCUGAAAUUGAGAUGGAACCUCUCACCAAUUGUGAUGAACAGACACACUCCCGCGUGUGCAAUGACUGUUCUGCCGUCAGUUUGAGAGAGGACUGGUUGUGUCGGUGACCCCAAAGUCCUCAUUAAUGUACAGCCACCAGUCUUGGCCACAGAACCAUCCCUCUGCUAACAGCCACUCAGCACAAGCUCAAAUCACACAUAUCCUACACAUAAAAAAACACAUGGUGACCCACACGCAUGGAAUCAAAUGAUUUUCUAAGAAAUCGAUAUCUCUAAAUUUCUCCUACCUAUCAAACAUAGUGUACCUUCACACAUUCGCAUUUGUAGUCGUUGUCUCCCACAUUUUGCACAUACACACUCUCUCACACAUACACACUCUCUCACACAUACACACACUCUCACACAUACGCACUCUCACACAUACACACUCUCUCACACAGACACAUAUUUGUAUUGCACUCCAUCAGUUAAGGUCACGUGUGUGUGAGUGUGUUUGUGGUCUCCAUUCUGUGCUUUCUUGUGCCCACAGCACAGAUUACUGAUCAGUGUGAGGGCUUUGGUCUUUGUCACACACACACACACACACACACACACACAAUUGAUGGCUGGAACUGAAUGAAAUGACACUUGCAGGCUCGACUGUGAGACAUUCCUCUGGGGUUUUAAAGGCUGUCUGAUCCUGAUUCUGUGUAUAGUACCCUGUGUUUUUAGCGUUCUGGUAUUAAGGGAGAGGUGGCGGUAGAGUUAUGUAUGGUGGAGAGACAUGAGUUCCGAGGGAAGAGAAGAAAAUGCUCGAGUAACCAGUGCAAUAUCUUUUCAUUUUCUUUUGUGGUAUAAGCAUGUUUGUUGUCAAUUUUUUCUUAUAAGUAAUAAAGUUUUUAUGUAAACA